AUGUACAGCAUUGAUUUUAUUGAUGAAGGGCUUUAUAUAGGAAAUAAACUUUCUGCAGGCAAAUUUGAGCUUUUAAAGCGAACUGGGAUUACCCACAUCCUUAUCGUCGGAAAUAACCUGGAGCCUGAAUUUCCUAUAUGUUUUCAUUAUAAGCGAAUCAAUGUAUGGGACGACGAAAAAGAAAACCUGAGAAAGCAUUUUCCUGAGUGUAAUUCUUGAAUUGAGAAUGCAAUACAAAACAACGGCAAAGUUUUGGUGCAUUGCUCUCAAGGAAUAUCUAGGAGUUGCGCGGUUGUCACAGCUUAUUUGAUGUAUAAGAAGAAAUUUACAGCUAUCAAUGCAUUGCAAUAUGUCAAGGACAGACAUAGAGACAGCAACCCAAAUAUUGGUUUUAUAAAGCAACUGCAAGUCUAUGAGAAAAAUAUUGGCCCAAAUUCAAAUUUAAUGGCAAAUAAGAUCGGUUGCUCUUGCGUUACGUUUUAA